GUCGUGAAAGCACAUUGACGCAGAAAGAAGCCAGAAGGACGCUAAUAAGUCAGUCUUAUUAUUUGUUCUUUAGUUUGAAAUAUUUACGUCGUAUAAAAUACAUCUUUGAGUCUUUAUUCAAGGAUAGAAGCGUCUCGGUGUGCUAGAAGCACUUUGCUAGAUCUCCUGCUAUCUUUGCUUGUUAGUUAGCUUAGCUCGCUAGUUAGCUUAGCUUGUUAGCUGCUAAGAGAAGUUAUCAACACAUCGCUAAGUAGAGAUCAAGUGUGAGAGUAAAGUGUUGUGAUUGUGUGAAAAUGUCUACAUUACACAUGUUGAGAGCGUUGGUGGAUCAGCGACUAACUGCUGCCGUUGAAGAAAUAUUUGUAGUGUUAGAAAGAACGAUAGCAGAAUACGAGGCGGAACUUUCUAGAACAAAGGAGCAGAACAAGCUACUAAUGGACGCUGUUUACAAGAAACAUCAAGUUGUGUUACAAAGAACAGACGUCCAGCAGCCCCCUCACAUGAAAGAGGAAGAUGAGGAUAGACACAGGAAAGAGGAAGAGGAGGGAGAGUGUGUUGUAGGGCAGGAGGAGGAGGAUGAUGUCAGCAAGUUUCCACUGACUGUUGUCUCUGUGAAGACUGAAGAGCAUGAAGACAAAGCACCUGAGUCCUCACAGCUUCAUCACAGUCCAAACGUCCAGCGGGUGUCAGCAGAGAGUCAAGAAGAGAUUCCCUCCAAGCAGCAGGAGUGGAGCUCCAGUGUGGGACAGAAGGAGCUGGAGCCCCCACACAUUAAAGAGGAAGAGGAGGAACUGUGGGAGCAGCUUCAAAAGCUGGUGGAGGCUAACGAAGAAGAUGAAGCUCAGUCCUCACAGCUUCAUCACAGUCAAAGUGAGGAGAACAGAGGGGCGGAGCUUGUAAGUCAACACAUCACAGAAGCUGAUGGAGAGCAUUGUGAAGAUAUCCAGUCAGAACCAGACAGCAUCUUUGCUCCACCGUCAGACAUGGACCACAUGAUGUCACACUCUUCUGAUCACAGUGAGCACAUCCAAAAACCUCUGGAGAGUAAAAAUGACUCUAAAGGUGAUACGAGACAUCACACUAACAACAAACACUACAUGACCACACACAUGAGAAUACAUACUGGAGAGAAACCUUUUACUUGCUCUGUUUGUAAGAAGCGUUUUUCCAGAAAGAAACACAUGAUCAGACACAUGAGAAAACACACUGGAGAGAAACAUGUUGCUUGUUCAGCUUCUGAUCACAGUGACCACAUCCAAAAACCUUUGGAGAGUAAAAAUGACUCUAAAGGUGAAAAGAGACAUCACACUAACAACAAACACUUUGACUGCUCUGAAUGUGGGAAAUCAUUUAGACACAAGAAUCAUUUUACAGUACACAUGAGAACACAUACUGGAGAGAAACCUUUUACUUGCUCUGUUUGUAAGAAGAGUUUCUCCACAAAAGAUUACAUGACCACACACACGAGAAUACAUACUGGUGAGAAACCUUUUACUUGCUCUGUUUGUAAGAAGAGUUUCUGCAGAAAGCAACACAUGACCACACACAUGAGAACACACACUGGAGAGAAACAUGUUGCUUGCUCAGCUUCUGAUCACAGUGACCACAUCCAAAAAUCUUUGGAGAGUAAAAAUGACUCUAAAGGUGAUACGAGACAUCACACUAACAACAAACACUUUGACUGCUCUGUAUGUGGGAAAUCAUUUAGGCAGAAGAGUCAUUGUACAGUACACAUGAGAAUGCAUACUGGAGAGAAACCUUUUACUUGCUCUGUUUGUAAGAAGAGUUACUCCAGAAAGUGUGACAUGACCACACACAUGAGAACACACACUGGAGAGAAGACACCUUUUGCUCGCUCAGCUUCUGAUCACAGUGCCCACAUCCAAAAACCUUUGGAGAGUAAAAAUGACUCUAAAGGUGAUACGAGACAUCACACAAACAACAAACACUUUGACUGCUCUGUAUGUGGGAAAUCAUUUAGACACAAGAAUAAUUUUACAGUACACAUGAGAACACAUACUGGAGAGAAACCUUUUACUUGCUCUGUUUGUAACAAGAGUUUCUCCACAAAACAUUACGUGACCACACACAUGAGAAUACAUACUGGAGAGAAACCGUUUAGUUGCUCUGUUUGUAAGAAGAGUUUCUUUACAAAGCUUAACAUGACCACACACAUGAGAACACACACUGGAGAGAAACAUUUUACUUGCUCUGUUUGUAAGACGAGUUUCUUCACAAAGCUUCACAUGACCAGACACAUGAGAACACAUACAGGUGAGAAGCCGUUUAGUUGCUCUGUUUGUAAGAAGAGUUUCUCCAUAAAGCAACACAUGAUCACACACAUGAGAACACACACUGGAGAGAAACCUUUUGCUUGCUCAGCUUGUGCUAAAAGAUUUAACUCUAAGAGGGAAAUGACCACACACAUGAUAACACACACUGGUAAGAAACCUUUUACUUGCUCUGUUUGUAAGAAGAGUUUCUCCAGAAAUCAAAGCAUGACCAUACACAUGAGAACACACACUGGAGAGAAACCUUUUGCUUGCUCAGCUUGUGCUAAAAGAUUCAACACUAAGAAGAAACUUAUAGUACACAUGAGAACACACACAGGUGAGAAACCUUUUACUUGCUCUGUUUGUAAGAAGAGUUUAUCCAGCAAGGCAAACCUGACCAUACACAUGAGAACACACACUGGAGAGAAACCGUUGAGUUGCACUGUGUGUGAUAAAAGGUUCAUGUAUAAGCAGCAGGUCAGUAGACACAAGUGUGUAACAGUCAUGGAAGCUGCAGGGAUGUAAAAACACUUCAACAGUGAUUGUGCUAAAUGUAGUUUAAAAACACAGCAUGUUUAAUAUGAAUGUAUAUUUGAUGUUGUAUGUAGUGCUUCUCAUCUUCUAGUCUUAUUUGUUGUCCUGUAGUUACUUUUUAAGUUGUGUGCAUGUAUUGAAUAUUAUAUAUGUAGCUACUAUUUUAUUUUAUUUUCUCAUCUUUGAAGAGGACAUCUUAUUAUUAUCAUUUGCAUUUUUUUCACACAUUUUUUCCAUUGCAUUUUAUUGAUGUUAUUAUCCAAUAAAAAGUCAGAAUGAAUAAAAUGGUUAACA